UUGUAGGUGUUCCUCUUCCUGCUUGAACCGGAAGUUGUCUCUUCUUCGCGUCCUCUCACAGGAAGCGUGUCUGCGUCAGUCACAGGUGAUCGAUGUGGUGAGUGAACAACCGACGCUCGUUUCCGGCUUCAGAUCAAAGAGUUCGAAUCAAAGCCACGGAAAGUUUGUGGAAAUGAGUCAGAGUGAAACAGGAAGCGCGUUCGGCAGCCAACUCUGCUCAUGCUAGCUGUUUGCUAAUGCUAACGUCAGCUGGCAGCCGGCGAGUGAAACUGAUCCGGGGUCAGAAGAGCGUCCCCCUCGUCUGUUUUCGUGUGUCAGGUUGAACAGAGAGCGAUGGCGAGUCCAGAGCUCUUGUUGGACUCCAGUAUUCGUCUGUGGGUCGUCCUGCCCAUCGUCUUCAUCACCUUCUUCGUCGGGAUCAUCCGUCACUACGUCACCCAGCUUCUCCACAGCGACAAGAAGGUGGACCUGGAGCAGGUCUCCGACAGUCAGGUGCUCCUGCGCAGCCGCAUCCUCAGAGAGAAUGGGAAGUACAUCCCGCGACAGUCGUUCGCUAUGAGGAAACAUUAUUUCAACAACGCAGAGACGGGAUUCUUCAAGACGGUCAAGAGGAAGGUCGUCCCCAAGAACCCCAUGACAGACACCAGCAUGUUGACGGACAUGAUGAAGGGAAACCUGACCAACGUCCUGCCCAUGAUUGUGAUUGGUGGAUGGAUCAACUGGGCUUUCUCUGGAUUCGUCAUAACCAAGGUGCCGUUUCCUCUGACGCUGAGGUUCAAGCCGAUGUUACAGAGAGGAAUCGACCUGCUGUCGCUCGACGCCUCCUGGGUGAGUUCGGCCUCCUGGUAUUUCCUCAACGUGUUUGGACUGAGGAGCAUGUACAGCCUCAUUCUGGGACAAGACAACGCCGCCGACCAGUCGCGCGUCAUGCAGGAGCAGAUGACGGGUGCUGCCAUGGCGAUGCCCCCCGACCCCAACAAAGCUUUUAAGAGCGAGUGGGAGGCGCUGGAGAUUGUUGAACACAAGUGGGCGCUAGAGAACGUGGAAGAGGAGCUGAUGUCCAGAGACCUAAACUUUGGAACUUUCUUCAGCCAGGACGUCAAGUCGACCUUGUUCUAGGACGACGAGGACGAGCGCUGCGACAUCUGAACGUUUCUACAACCGUCAGCAGAACGGAGGUCACGGGUAGAAACUGAUUCUUUUCUGGAACACGGUCGACACGAACUCUAGAUUUAAAUAAACGAAUCUGUCUGAAUGAGUCUUCAGGACCAGAGACGUCACGUCUGCCUCUUUGUGAGCGUCCAGACGAAGUGAAGCUCCACGUGGGAAGAAUCACAGAAUAGAUCAGAUGUCGAAUGUAGUUUUUGUGUUGUUUGUGUUCCAGAACAGAAAGUUUUUAAAAUCCUCUUCAUCGCUGAACAAAUGUUCCAGAAAACUGGUUUGUUCCAGUGAAGCGGUUGAAUGGGAUGAAUCCUCUCAGGAAGACGUUGGUGGGAUCAGACGCAGCGUUGAAAGAUGACUGGGACGUUUCGAGACGACAAAAGAUCUUUGAGCGACAGCAGGCGUUGAUGUUUUCAUUCUACAGAACUUUUUUUGCGUGUACGUUUCUACCACAGCGAAGUGAAAUAAAGGUGCCAUCUCAACUAA